AUUAAAAUACCAGCAAAAAGCUGCUGCUCAGUGAAAAUAUAACCAAUAUGGCCAACGUAGAGUCAAUGAUUGUGGAGGAAAAGACGCAGGUGAAGCAGAUCGAUCGCGAGAAGACUUGUCCGCUGUUGUUGCGCGUGUUUUGCUCCACGGGUCGCCAUCACUCCGUGUCGGAGUACAUGUUUGGGAAUGUUCCAACCAACGAGCUGCAGAUCUACACAUGGCAGGACGCCACCCUCCACGAACUGACGUCCCUGGUGCGGGAUGUGAAUCCGGAUACGCGUAAGAAGGGCACAUACUUUGACUUUGCUGUGGUGUAUCCCAACUAUCGCAACAAUCACUUCCAAAUGCGCGAGAUCGGAGUCACGUGCACGGGCCAAAAGGGCAUCGACGACAACAAGACGCUCGCACAGGCAAAGUUCAGCAUUGGCGACUUCCUGGAUAUUUCCAUCACGCCGCCCAACCGCCUGCCGCCCCCAGCACGCCGCCAGCGACCCUAUUGAUGGGGAAUACAUGCGAAUGGAUCCUAUAAUCGAGUAUAUAUACACGCUAAACAUUUAAUUUUCACUUUCACUUGACACUCAAUGAAAUAUGGACAUAAUUAUACGAUGGAUACAAAUAAGACAAA